UCAGCCGCCGGUGGUCAUCUGCUGUCAGGAGAGGAUCUGCAUUUCCCGUGGCCUGUGGAGGAGGAGAGAGGGCCGGACAGGGAGGGCGAGAAUCAGAGCCUCUCUUCCCCAGUGCACUUUGCAGUCAGUCAGGAAGGGGAGGGGGGAAGGAGGGGGCCGCGUUCACUGCUGGAUCGCUUAUCUGAGAUCUCAAAGUCCGCCUUUCGCCGUGCGCUCUCCCCUCUCCGCGGACCUGCCAUGGAUGUUACUCCUGGAUGUGCAUUCUUCAUAUUUUUCCUCCACUUUCAGCGCGCGGAUACUCUUUACAUCGCCAACAGUAUAGAUUCCCUGCAGCAUGUCCUGAGGGAGUACGGGCUGGUGAGGCCGGUCAGUGUGGAUGCAGACGGGCACUUCCUCACCCACGCCGUCUCUGCCAGCCGCUUGAGUGGGCAGGGGUCCCACCGGCGCAGGAGGAGGCAGGCCAACCAGCAAGGAGAGACAGACCACCUGAGGGAGACUCUCUUUUAUAAUGUCACUGUUUACGGACAGGAGUUUCACCUUCGCCUCAGGCUCAAUUCCAGGCUCGUGGCUCCGGGAGCUAAAGUGGAGUGGCUGGAGGACGAUAACCAAACACACUCGGAGCCCUUGUUGCCCAGUGACUGCUUAUAUGUGGGUUAUGUUACCAAUGUGCAGGAUACAUCCGUGGCUAUCAGCAAUUGCGAUGGCCUGGUAAGUUAGUUUGAUCUAAUAUGAAAAGCAUUACUGCAUGAUGAAAUGUGGGUUAAUGACAUUAUGCCUGUGUUUUGGAAAGCUUAAAAAUACUAUUCGUAUAAAUG